AUGAUUCACCAGCCAAAAGAACCAACCUCCACGCCGUUCUUUGAAGGCCAGCCAACGCCAGUUAUUAGCUAUGGACUAUCAUAUCCUGAAGCUUGUCGUUUUCAUGUUGAGACAACAUUCAAGAGCAAGAGGGUCUACUUGCUACUUUCUGGUUCCUUGGUGAAAAACACCGACAUUCUUGACCGCCUCCGGGCAGCACUCGGGAGCAAGGUUAUCGGAACUAGAGUCGGCAUGAAGCCCCAUACAUUAUGGUCAGAAGUCCUCGAGGUCAUCAAUGAUGCCCGAUCUCUCGAGGUCGACUGUAUCAUAACCAUAGGGGCGGGCAGCUUGACAGACGCCGCAAAAAUAGUUGUUUGGGCUUUGGCAAACAAUUUCUGCUCCGAAAAAGAGCUGCAGAUUUUGGCGAAUCGCGAGUCUCCAAGCUACAAAGAUCUCAAACCUCCUACAAUCAAGCAUAUAGCCGUACCGACAUCUUUAUCCGGUGGAGAGUACACGUCCUACGCGGGUGCCACAAACGAUGAGACCAAAACGAAAGUGCUUUUCACCCCACCAGUGCAAAAUCCGAGUAUUGUUGUGCUCGAUCCCGAAGUUGCAGCCACAACCCCAAGUCGCUUAUUCCUUGGAACUGGAAUCAGAGCGGUUGAUCAUUGUGUGGAAACGGCAUGUUCGCUACAGUCAAACGAAAAGGGUGACCAAGCAGCGAUUCAAGGACUGAAGAUGUUGGUUCCGGCCCUUUUGCAGUACAAAAGAGAUCCGCGCAACCUUAGUGCUGUUCAUGAGGCUCAGCUUGGAGCUGCCGAAGCCGUUAAGACGUCCUUAUGUGGAGUUCAGAAGGGAGCCAGUCAUGCCAUCGGCCAUCAACUUGGACCCCUCGGUGUUCCUCAUGGUGAGACAAGCUGCAUUCUGCUUCCCGCAGUAUGCAAGUUCAACGCCUCAAGAGGGGCCAAUGUCCAGCGACAGCAAAGUCUAGUUCAAGACCUACUCCGUCUACCUGAGGUCCAAAAUUUGAUCUCCAGUGGAGGAGAAGAUCUCGGAGAUAUUCUUGAUGCACUUAUUAAGGCCCUGGAACUACCACGGACAUUGAAGGAAUUGAACAUCGGGCGCGACGUGUUCGAUCUUGUCGCAGAACACACGCUAUCUGACAUGUGGGCCAAGACGAAUCCGGUUCCACUAGUCCGCAAAGAAGACAUUCUUGAGAUACUUGAGAUGGUUGCCGAGUAG